ACUUAUAAGUUAUAACCACCUUAUCCCUCUCCAGAGAACUCUCCAUAGCACCUUUCUUUUUUCCCUCCUAAAAUUUUUUUCUUUUCCCUCUCGUAAACAUAAACACAAACACAUAGAAGACACAAAAAAGCUAACAUGGGAACUUUGGUGGGACAUGUAGCACCAGGUUUUGGGUUCAUGCUAAUAGGUUUAUGGCAUCUCUUCAACCACAUCAAGCUCCAUGCCAUUAACCCCAACAACUACACUUCUCCACCAUGGUUCCCAACUUCAAGCUCCAAGUACCUUGAGCUCUUCCUCAUCAUGUUUGGCUGCACUGCUUCCAUAUCCAUGGAGCUCUUCAUCGGCCCCGACCGCCACCAACCCUUCGACCCUGACGGCACCAUUCCCUCCAACCACCUCCACAACUUCGAGCACUCCUCCAUCUCCAUGACCUUCUUUGUCUACGCCGCCUUCGCCAUCGUCCUCGAUAAACUCAACAUCCAAGCUCAACAUAGCAUUACUCAGUUGAUUGGAGCCAUAGCCUUUGGUCAACAACUCCUCCUCUUCCACCUCCACUCUGCGGACCACAUGGGCCCGGAGGGUCAAUACCACAUGCUCUUGCAACUUCUUGUCCUUAUUUCUUUAUUAAGUACCCUUUUGGGGAUUGGAAUGCCGCGAAACUUUUUAGUAAGCUUCGUGCGUUCCAUUAGCAUAUUCUUUCAGGGAAUAUGGCUUAUGACCAUGGGGCUCAUGCUGUGGACCCCAGGUCUUAUCCCGAAAGGAUGCUUUAUGAAUUCUGAGGAGGGUCACAAGGUAGUUAGGUGUCACGAUGACAUGUCACUUCAUCGUGCCAAUUCUCUUGUGACCAUCCAGUUCAGCUGGUUCUUCAUUGUUGUCACCGUUUUCGCGGUGUCUUUAUACAUAGUUUUGGUCAAAUUUUACAAAAAGAUCGAGUAUUUUCCUACCAAAAAUGAAGAGGAAGAGGAGGAAGACGAAUCAAGCCAAGAUCUUGAGUCUCCAAAGAAGAACAUAGUUGGGAACCUCAUGAGGUUCAUCCAUGUCGGAAAGCCGUAUUCAUCGCUUGACAUUGAAAGGUAAUAAGAUUUGAAAUACAUGGCUGUAAAUUGCGGUCACAGUCAAUUGCUGUAAUAAGCCGCAACAGCAGCAAUAUUGAGACAUGAAGCUGGCAAAUUAAACUAUGAAGGAUUACUUAGGUUUGUGGUCCCAUAAUAUGUCAAAAUUCAUACUUUACAUUCAUUUAAAUUUUGGUGGAAAUUCAGGUGCAGUCGACUUCACGUGAAGUUGAUAUCUAAAAGUCGUUAGAUGAUUUGACUGAAUUGAUUAAAUUUUUAUCUAACGAGUUUUAGAUAUCAACUUUACGUAAAAUCGAUUUCACCUGAACUUUUACCUUUAUUUUUAUUUACGAUAGAAAUUCAGGUUCAGUUAUCUUCACGUAAAAUUAAUACCUAUAAAUCGUUAAAUGAAAUUACUGCACCCGAGUUUUUAUCAUCUACAAUGCAACUUUAAGUUAACAUCAUAUAAAUUUUUUAAUUGGUGGCUAGUUUGUUAAUUAAUUGAAAUAUAUGUUGUUAACUUAGAGCCUAUAUAUUAUGUGGAGAUAUAAAACAAGUGUAAAUUGUGGGUGACGUUGUAAUUAGUGGUUAGGUGGGUUGGUUCAUGGUACAGCAAUACAAUGUUGUUUUAGUUUUUCUUUUCCCCCGGCAUUAGGGAAAAGAGAUUAAAUUAAUUAAGCCAGCUGAAAUUAAUGUGAUUGGCUUAAUUAAACUUGUGCGUGUGGAUUACAAUGUUACAUACACGUCUAUAUAUUUUUUUAGAGGGUGACAUUUA